AUUCGUGGCCGUCUGGGGCCAGAGCUGUGGACCGCGGCAUGGCCGAGCCGGGGCCGGAGCCCGGGCGUGCCUGGCGGGUGCUCGCCCUGUGCGGGGUGGCGGUGUUCCUGGCUGCGGCAGCAGCCGGCGGGGCCCUGGUAGCCUGGAAUCUGGCCGCCUCGGCUGCUCGGGGACCUCGCUGCCCGGAGCCAGGGGUCAAUGCCACGGCGCCGCCCGGGGACCCGCCGCCUGGGGUCGACGAGCUGCGGCGCCAGCUGGCAGAGGCUGCCGAGCGGGAGGAGGCCCUAGCCAGGCAGCUGGACCAGGCGGAAAGUAUCCGGCAGGAGUUGGAGAAGGCAUUAAAGGCCUGUGAAGGCCGCCAGAGCCGGCUUCAGACCCAACUAACAACACUGAAGAUUGAGAUGGACGAAGCCAAGGCACAGGGGACCCAGAUGGGGGCCGAGAACGGGGCGCUGACAGAGGCCCUGGCGCGCUGGGAGGCGGCGGCCACGGAGUCUGCGCGGCGGCUGGACGAGGCUCUGCGGCGAGCAGGCGUGGCGGAGGCCGAGGGCGAAGCCUGUGCGGCCCGGGAGGCGGCGCUGCGCGAACGCCUUAACGCCCUGGAAGCCGAGAUGAGCCCCCAGCGCAGAGUGCCCCGGCCGCGUCCCCGCUCGGGGUCCCGACCCCGGCCCAGCCCUCGCUCGCGCUCUCGCUCCGGAAACUCCGGGGGCUGCCGGCGGCCGGCGCGGCGCGCACGAGGACUUACAGAAAAUUUGGUAGAUUAAUCUCCAACUCCUUAACAACACGAAGGUUAUGGGCACCAGUUCUCCAUGCAGUUGAAAAUUCACACAUAACUUUGACUCCUCCAAACUCAAGGCUGGCCAGGUGUGGUGGCUCACGCCUGUAAUCCCAACAUUUUGGGAGGCCACGGCAAGAGGAUCACUUGAGCCCAGGAGUUCAAGACCAGCCUGGUCACCAUAGCAAGAACCUGUCUCUACAAAUAAUAUCAAUAAUUAGCUGAGCAUGGUGACAUGCAUCUGUAGCCCCAGCUACUUGGGAGGCUGAGGCAGGAGGAUCACUUGAGCCCAGGACGUCAAGUUUGCAGUGAGCCAUGAUCACACCACUGCACUUCAGUCCUCUGAGUGACAGAGCAAGACCCUGUCUCAAAAAUUAAACAUGAAAAAUUAAAGCUAGAAAAAAAUUAUUAAGAAAAUCAUGCUGGGCACAGUGGUUCAUGCCUGUAAGCCCAACACUUUGGGAGGCUAAGGCGGGAGGAUCUCUUGAGCCCUGAAGUUCAAGACCAGUCUGGACAACAUAGGGAGACCCUGUCUCUACAAAUAAUUGUUUCAAAAUUCUUUGGGAGGCUGAGGCGGGUGGAUCACUUGAGCUCAGGUGUUUGAGACCAGCCUGGGCAACAUGGUGAAACCCAUUCUCUACCAAAAAUACAAAAUAUUAGCUGGGCAUGGUGGCAUGCACCUGUGGUCCUAUCUACUUGGGAGACCGAGGUGGGAGGAUCACUUGAGCGUGGGAGGCCGAGGCUGCAGUGAGCCAAGAUCGUGCUAGGGUGACUGGAGCAAAACCCCUUCAAGAAAAGAAAGAAGAGAAAGAAAGAAAAAAGAAAGAAAGAAAAGAAAAGAAAGAGAGAGAAGAAAGUAGCCAGGCUUGGUGGCAUGCACCUGUGGUCCCAGCUACUUGGGAGACUGAAGCAGGAAGAUCACUUAAGCCCAGGAGGUGGAAGCUGCAGUGAGCCAUGAUCAUGCCACUGCACUCCAGCCUAGGUGACUGAGUGAGAUCCUGUCUCAAAAAAAAAAAAAAAAAAAAGAAAGAAAGAAAAAGAAGAAAAAGAGCCCUGGCGUGGUGGCUCAUGCCUGUAAUCCCAGCACUUUCGGAGGCCGAGGUGGGCGGAUCACGAGGUCAAGAGAUCGAGACCAUCCUGGCUAACACGGUGAAACCCUGUCUCUAUUAAAAAUACAAAAAAUUGCCGGGCAUGGUGGUGGGCAUCUGUAGUCCCAGCUACUUGGGAGGCUGAGGUGGGAGAAUGGCGUGAACCUGGGAGGCGGAGCUUGCAGUGAUCUGAGAUCGCGCCACUGCACUCCAGCCUGGGCAACAGAGUGAGACUCCGUCUCAAAAAAAAUAAAUUAAAAAAAAAAAAGAAAAGAAAGAAAGAAAAAGAAAAAGUGUCUGUCCAUCCACAGUGGAACACUAUGCAACCACCAUUUAAACGGCCAAAGCAGCUCUUCUCUAACAUAUGUUAAUGUGAAAAGCAGGAGAGUGAUAGGUUGUAUACUUUUUUUUUUUUUUUUUUUGAGACAGAGUCUUGCUUUUGUUGCCCAGACUGGAGUGCAGUGGCGCAGUCUCGGCUCACUGCAACCUCUGCCUCUCGGGUUCAAACGAUUCUCUUGCCUCAGCCUCGAGUAACUGGGAUUACAGGCGCCCAUCACCAGGCUCAGCUAGUUUUUUGUGUUUUUAGUAAAGACGGGGUUUCACCAUGUUGGCCAGGCUGGUCUCAAAUUGCUAACCUCAGGCGAUCCACCCUCCUUGGCCUCCCAAAGUGCUGGGAUUGCAGGCGUGAGCCACCGUGCCCGGCCCCCCCACUUUUUUUUUUUUUUUUUUUUUUUUUUGGUGUGUGUGCAGGGCUUGGGGAGGGGACUUUUAUCCAAAUAUCUCUGAAGGAGAUGCUGGUCACAGUCUCCACCUCUGGGGAGUGAACCAGGGGUCUGGGAAUUGGUGGGGGACAUACUUGCACAUUUCUCUAUGUACCUUUUGUAAAAACUGCAUUUUUAAAAACCAUGCACAUGUAUCACUUAUUACAAAUUAAAAAUUAAAAAUUGUUUUUAAAAAUGUC